AUGGCAUCUCGCGGCGCUGCCGCUUGUGCCACCCGAUCCCGGGCACCCGAGGUACAUCGGGUGGUGUCUGACAAGGUGGCCUUGCAGGAGGAAGCGAAGAGUGUGCGAGAGCGUCGGCUAGCCUUGGAGGAGGUCAUGCGGCAUGAGCGCGCUCAGCGCCUGCAAGCGGCCGCAUCACGCACGACGGAGACGGCUAACACGAGCCACUCUUCCGGCUCUGCGGCCCCGUCGAAAGAGCAGCAGAAGGGCGUGGCCGUCGACUCCAGCCGCGCUCCUCAAACGCUCAAGGAGUACCGCCGCGAGCUGGACAAAGACAGUCGAUACAAAGAGCUCCUUCGGUUACACUACUACACUAACAGGCAUCUCAACCCGGCUGGUGUGCAUUUUUACACUGUCAAGAGCAGGGUAAAGGAGUACCAACGCCACGCACCGAGCCCGCCGCCCUCGGCAAGGGCGCACCGUCUGCUGUCGCCAACGCGCAAGGCUCAUCGGGAAACGGAGUUGGCGCAGCCAUCGACGCGGCCGCUCGAGACGAUCUCCGUGGUGGAGGGCACCUCGGAGCAGUGGACAAAGUCUGCUCUUCUCCGGAUGCAGGCUAAUCAGCACCUGCUCCGGCGUAUUGAAGAGCACGAAAAGAAGGAAGCAGCGCGCAUCGGCCGACCCAUCGUGCGGGGAACGGCGGCUCCUGCCGGUCGACUCAGCGCCCCACCGCAGCCGUAUAAAGCACCGGUGGCGACGGGCGCAAUCGCGAGCUGCCCUGCGCCCGUCGCGGAAGCUGCCGUGUCGGCAUGUGACGCGCCCCGGAGUCUGGCAGUGGACAAGAGCUACACAGCCGCCGCCCCUACGUGGCGAUGGAGUCCGCUUCGCCAGCCUAGUCCACGCAUGACGUACCUGAUCACUAGUCCACUGCGUCUACGCGGGCGUGCGGCAUCGCCGACCGCAGCGCAGAGCGACUCCCUGCUCAAGACCUCUCUCAUCCACGGCUCUUCAGUCCCCUUGCAUGCGCCUUGCAAGGUCACCUUCCCUCCCACCUCCGCUCGGUACGAUGGGCGUGCUACGUGUUCGUGGAAGCCGCUGGAGUAUAGCGGUACGGCACACCUCGAGGGCCGCCGCAGUUGGUCGACCUAUAAGCCUAUCGUCGAGCAGCUGCCCAGCGCGCCGUCGGCGAGCCCCGGCACCUGGGCCGAGCUAACGCAGAGCCGGUCGCACCCGAGGCAAAGUCUAACAGCGCGGUCCCCUCCACCUAGAGACUACGGCGCCAGGGAGAUGGGCGAAGAUGCACCAAGCGUGCCGACCGUCGGCCCCCCCAUUACGAAGCCGAAGCCAACGCUGCUUGAUGGCUUCCGCAUGCCGGGCACAGUCCUGAAGCGGGAGGACCUCUUCCAGGGCUUCAUCUGA